UAUCUCCUUACGAUCGUACAAACUCUGAAUAUUAUGGCGCAGUUUAUUAAGACACUCUUGAGAACACAGUCAAUGUUGAGUUGAAGCAUCUGUGACUCCUCAGAGAUGAAGUUCAUUUGUUUGACUCUCCUGCUUGUUAGUGGAAUUACAGAUUCAAGAUCAGAGCAGUAUGAAGUAGUGGGACCUGCAGAUCCUGUAUUUGCUGUAGCUGGUGAAGAUGUGAUUCUGCCCUGUUCAAUCAAACCCAACGUCAGUGUUGUGGACAUGAGAGUGGAGUGGUUGAGACUUGAUCAGAAAGAUUCACUAGUGCAUCUCUAUGAGGGUCAUGAAGAUAGAAACACAGAUCAGAUUCAGUCCUACAGAGGGAGAACAAAACUGAAUCAUCAAGAACUACAAAGAGGAAACGCAUCACUCAAACUCUCAGCAGUCCAAAUCUCUGAUGAAGGACUUUAUAAAUGUUUUAUUCAGUCCAAAUCCUGGUAUGAUGAUGCCACUGUUGAUGUCAGUGUUGAAGCUGUAGGAAGUCCUCCAGUGAUCACUGUAGAUGGGUUUGAUCGUUCAGGAGGGCUUCAUCUACAGUGUGAAUCUGAAGGUUGGAACCCUGAACCUGAUGUUGAGUGGCUGGACAGUGAAGGAGUCAGUUUGAGUUCAGAGACUACAGAGACACACAGAAACACAGACGGAUUCAGUGUCAAACACACCGUCACUGUAUAUCACAGUAAUGACAAGAUUCACUGCAGAAUCAAACUGAGACAUCACAUGCUAGAGACACUGAUUAACACCUCAAAUAAUAUGUUUCAUUCUUGGAGGACAUCAGUCAUCCUGAUUUCAGUUGUAGUUGUGCUCAUUGUGAUUGCUGGAACACUGAUAGCUGCGUUUGCUCAUAAAUACAGAGCACACAAACAACUGCAGAAUGAGAAGAACAGAAUUGAGACUGAGAAGAACGGAAUUGAGACUGAGAAGAACAGAAUUGAGACUGAGAAGAACAGAAUUGAGACUGAGAAGAACAGAAUUGAGACUGAGAAGAACGAAAUUGAGACUGAGAAGAACAGAAUUGAGACUGAGAAGAACGAAAUUGAGACUGAGAAGAACAGAAUUGAGACUGAGAAGAACGAAAUUGAGACUGAGAAGAACAGAAUUGAGACUGAGAAGAACGAAAUUGAGACUGAGAAGAACAGAAUUGAGACUGAGAACAACGAAAUUGAGACUAAGAACAACGAAAUUGAGACUGAGAAGAACAGAAUUGAGACUGAGAAGAACGAAAUUGAGACUGAGAAGAACAGAAUUGAGACUGAGAAGAACAGAAUUGAGACUGAGAAGAACAGAAUUGAGACUGAGAAGAAUGAAAUUGAGAAAGAGAAGAACAAAAUUGAGACUGAGAAGAACAGAGUUGAGAAAGAGAAGAACAGAAUACAACAUGAACGUGAUCAACUUUUACAAAGUCUGAAGACGAUUAUAAAACAAGCUGUUACACAUUUAAGAACACACAGGGUGAAUGUGAUUCUGGAUGCUGAUUCGGCUCAUCCUCGACUCGUCGUGUCUGAAGAUGGAAAACAAGUGAGAGAUGGAAACAGAGAAGGAGUGGAUGGAAAAUACAGGUUUAAGUAUUAUCUUGGUGUUCUUGGGAAGGACGGAUUCUCCUCAAGGAGUUUUUACUUUGAGGUUCAGGUGAAGGAUCAGACUGAGUGGUAUUUAGGAGUGGCCAGACAAUCCAGUAACAGGAAGAAUGUGAUCAGUCUGAGUCCUGAUGAUGGAUACUGGACUGUGGGUCUGAGUGAUGGGAAGUAUUGGACUCGUGAUUCUUCACAUGACUCUCUUUCUCUGACAGUGAAUCCUCAGAGGGUCGGGGUGUUUGUGGAUUAUGAGAAGCGUCUCGUCUCUUUUUAUGAUGUGGAGUCCAUGUCUCAUAUCCACUCUUUCACUGAUCAGUCUUUCACUGGGAAACUCUAUCCAUUUGUUUGUUUGGGGAUUCAGUCAAAUCAUAACUCCACACCACUGAUCAUCUGUGAUUAAUGAGAUCAAUGAAUGAAUUUACAUGAUCAGGGAAAAUACAAUAAAAUACAAUAAAAAGUGUAAGAGCAAUAAACCUUAAAUAUUAUUUAUACUGUCAGUCAGAAAUGUGAACACAAAAGAGUGUCACAUGUUCACCAGCACUCAGUGUUCACAGUCACAUGAUCACUGAUCAUCAGCGCCUCUUCAUCUCCUCUAUAAGAUCGCACUCCUCACAGUCACAUGAUCACUGAUCAUCAGCGCCUCUUCAUCUCCUCUAUAAGAUCACACUCCUCACAGUCACAUGAUCACUGAUCAUCAACACCUCUUCAUCUCCACUAUAAGAUCACACUCCUCACAGUCACAUGAUCACUGAUCAUCAGCACCUCUUCGUCUCCUCUAUAAGAUCACACUCCUCACAGUCACUCUUUCUCUGGCCUCGACUGUGGAUUCAGACUGUUACCUGUUAUACUCAGCUGAAUGAUAGUUCCUGUGAUACUCCAGUGAUCUCCACUGGUAUCCUCUACUAACCGCUCUUUACCUGAUACUCACCCGGCUCAGUUGAGGUGUGUGCUCUCCUUCACGUCUCCACCUCCUCUGCAAAUCAUCAAUGUCAGUCUUCAUUCAUCACCAUCUAUAUUGUUUAUAUUGAUCUUUUCCUUUCCUUCAUUGACAUUUACCAUCACCUGUCAAUAAACACAAACUUCUCUGUGCUUGAGUCUGGUUUGUCCUGACAGGGUCAUUUUAUGUUUCUUGUGAUCUUAGAAACAUUUUUGAUUUAAAUACUUCUGCUUAAAUGACUGAAAUGACUUUUGUAAACUAAUAUAAAUUAUGCCUACAUGUGAAUUUCUUUACAAGAUAAAAGAAAAUUUGUUUCUUUCUGUUUUUAUUUUUCUAUUAAACAAAAUGUUGAUGUUUUCA